CGAGAAAACCACCACCAAAGAAAAAGGAAACGGAAAAAUACAGAGAAGAAGAAUCGUAGCCGUAAGCCAGUUAUACUCUCAACGAUUUAUUAAAUGUUUGGUUAACGUCCAAACAAGUGUAAAAAACUAUCUUAUGCAGCAAAAGAAAAGGAAGGCUAUAGUCGACAUCUCCUGACAGAGAGGCGCUCUUUCCUCACGGCAUGGAGAAACAGCUGCAUUUAAACCUGCUGGCCUCCAGACCUCCAAUGGCUGGCGGAUUUCAAUCUGGCUCUAAAAUGAAGAUGGGACCUGGCCGGAAGAGAGAUUUUACCCCACUGCUUUGGAGUCAGUACUUUGAAACCAUGGAGGACGUUGAAGUGGAAAAUGAAAAUGGCAAAGAUAUUUUCAGAAUUUACUGCAGCGGCUCGCUUGGUCCUGUGCUGUUGCUGCUCCAUGGAGGAGGCCAUUCUGCCCUUUCUUGGGCAGUGUUCACAUCUGUCAUAACCAACAGGAUUACCUGCAGGGUGGUAGCCAUGGACCUCCGAGCUCAUGGGGACACCAAAGUGAAAAAUCCAGAAGACUUGUCGGCAGACACCAUGGCAAAGGAUGUCGGUAAAGUGGUGGAGGUGCUCUACGGGGAGAAUCCCCCUCCAAUCCUGAUUAUUGGACACAGCAUGGGUGGAGCCAUCGCGGUCCACACAGCCGUUGCCAAUCAUGUACCAUCACUGCUGGGUCUCUGUGUCAUUGAUGUUGUGGAAGGCACGGCAAUGGAUGCUUUGAACAGUAUGCAGAACUUCCUCAGAAGUCGGCCAAAGACUUUUAAAUCUCUGGAGAAUGCCAUCGAGUGGAGUGUGAAGAGUGGUCAGAUCCGGAACAUAGAGUCAGCUCGAGUGUCAAUGGGAGGCCAAGUGAAGAAAUGUGAGGAGUCAUCUAGCAGUCCAAGCUUCUCAAAUAGCGCCGGUGAAGGCAUUAUAGAGGAAGAGGAGGAUGAAGAGGUGGAGGAACAAUCCAGCAAGAAAAAAAUGAAAGAAGAUGACCAGGAGGUGAAAAAGGAGAGUGUCUUUACUUGGCGUGUGGAGCUUUCAAAGACAGAAAAAUAUUGGGACGGCUGGUUCAGGGGUCUCUCUGCUCUCUUCCUCAGCUGCCCUGGGCCUAAACUACUGCUGCUUGCAGGAGUGGACAGGCUUGACAAAGACCUCACUAUUGGACAAAUGCAAGGGAAGUUUCAGAUGCAGGUCCUCCCUCAGUGUGGUCAUGCAGUUCACGAGGAUGCACCUGAAAAAGUAGCGGAUGCUCUGGCAACAUUUAUGGUUCGACACAAAUUUACUGAGUUUAAGGAAGGAUACAUGUGCUAAAUUUCUCUCCAAACAUCCAGCAACUGUGGAAAGCCUGUUUGAAGAUUCAUUGACGUUAUUGUCCAAUUUAACUGCAAAUAAAAAAAUUAUUAUUAUUAUUAUUACUGUUGUUAAGUUGCUUACAUGCAUAGAUAAUUUUGCCUUUCAGCUUUGCCUUUUUUUAUUUAAAUAUUGUGAACUGAAUAAAUUGUAUUGUUUUUGUUUCCUUUUUUCCUGAAGAGUAUUGCUUUUCUUGUUUGAAGGUUUCUUUUCAGGGAUUGCAUCACUGGUAACGUGUGUAUGUGGGGUUUGAACUGAAUUAAAGAUGGAUGCUGCAACACUGUCA